UAAGAGGUGCUGGUGUCAUUGAAUUUCAGGCAGACUUGGAAACUGCACCAGGGUAAGAGUGCCGUGAGGAAGGAAGGAAGGAACUACAUUAAUUAAUUUGGAACGAGACAGGCUGCUGCUGCUGCUGGAAUAAGUCCGUGUAACUGUAGGUAGAGAUAUAACUCAAUUGCAAAGGGCAUGGCAACCAUCAACUUGGGACUGCUGUUCGUAUUCGUCAGGCUUGGCUGGGGUCUUCCCAGUUCCGUCCUGACCGUCCACCCUCAGAAGGCGCUGGUGGAACUGGGAGGCUCCGUCCGGCUGACCUGCUCCACGGACUGCCCCGGUGGCAAGGUCCAGUGGGAAGGCUUGGACAUUGAGCAGGGCGAAGUCUUCUCCAACAAGACUCACAGCAUCCUCACCAUCGCCAAAGCCACCGUCAGCAUGGAAGGAGCCAAGUUCUGCACAGGACAGUGCAGGGGGACCUCCGGACAGAAGAAGGUGGAUCUGCAGGUGUACUCUUUCCCUGAUGCCUUGCAACUGGACUCUGAGCCGAAGAUUAUGAGGACUGGGCAGCCCGCUCGUCUCGUCUGCUCCUUGAGCAAGGUGUACCCUCCAGGCUCCCUGACGCUGACCUGGUUCCGGGGAGAGGAGAGGUUGGAGGCUACGAAGGUGGAAGACGACAUGGAGGAUUUUGAGCAGCAGCUGAUGUUCUAUAGCUCCGUCCUUGAGGUCCCGGCGGCUGCAGAGGGAGCAACCUACAAGUGCGAAGCUACUCUGGAGGUCGAGACGGACACCUUCCGCCAAUCCAGGAUGGCCGUCGUGAACUCCCAAACCACACAGGUGCCCAGCACUACAGAGGAGGCCACCUUUGCUCUUGUGACGGAAAGAACGAGCCGCGUGGCUACUCUGGAGUCGGCCAUCACCGAGCCGCCGGCGACCACCCAGGGCCUUCCCCUUCUCUCCACCGAGCCCCCGACCACAACGUCGACCGCUUCUCCCACCCCAGAACCCCUUCCGGAAACGAGUAGCCUUUCCCCGACGAGGAAUCCUGUUGCGGCGGUACAGACGAGCUCUCAGAAUUCUGGGACUGGGGCCAACACCGUGCAAGUCCCUGUCUUGACAUCGACGGAGACCCCAGCGACUUCGCAACCCCCUCGCUUGACAGAUGAGCCACCUACCACCGCGCCUGUCCCCGCCACGGCCAGCAGCCUCGCCACACGUGCCGCCGAAAAGCCACACAGCUCCUCCGCCACCACGGACCCCUCCAGAGACCCCUGCCGCCCCGUCAUCACCCCUGUCCCCACCCAAGGCAGCACGGGGGGCACCCUGCAGAUCACGUGCCUCACGGCCGACUGCGGCAAAGACGUCCAGGUCCGGUGGGUGGAGACACCUGUGGCUAAGUCCCGGUACCGCCAGGAAGAAGCUGAGGGCCGGUCCACCCUGGUUGUGGAGAGCGUCUCCCUGGAGCACCAAGGGGUCUACCGGUGUGUUGCGAUAGCCAGCCAGCCUCGCAUGGCCAGCUUGACCAUCUCCAUCGUGCCUAAUGCUACUUUCAGCACAGAAACCGCCGUCGCCAUCGGAAGCACCGGCUCCCUCUUGGGGGUUGUCAUUACCGGUUACGUGGCCCGUCGCUUGUGGCGGCGGCGCGGCUAGGAUCCGGCGGCUCUGCUGACACCCGCCUGUUCCGGCGCUGUUCUCUCUGCAGAAGUUACCGUGUUUUCCCCCUGAAUUUUUCUGGGGCGCCUCUCCUGCCAGCUGCUGCUACUAGAGGGGACCCGCAGGACGACUCGAGAGGUUUCUUUCUGCGCUUCCUGGGGCCACAGAGAAGAGGCAACUCCAGCAGAGGCACCCUACUGCCCCGGUGGAGGGCGGUCAACUCUCCCCACCCACCAAUCCAUAGCUGUCAACUUACAGAUUUGAAAAUAAGGGACCA